AUGUCAACCAACUUGCAAUCCCGUUCUGCAUCCGUUUCUAACGGCUCAGGAUCAAACAAGUCGGCCGCUUUGCGCUCAGCAUCUAUUGGGAGCUCUAAUUUCUUCAAUAAGGACGGGCUGUCCUUCUUCAACUUGGAUCAUUCUGGCUCUGCCGAUGAUCUGUUGCCUGAAAUCAAGGAAAAAGGCUUUACUCAAGAAACGCAUGUUCCAUCGGAGUUGGAUAUUGUUGGUGCUCUUGGAACCUUGAAUUUGGAUGAGGACUUUGAGGAGGGCAGUGGCCCUAAAAGCCCAAACUCCUCAACCUCUUCUAAGGAACCACCAAAAUUUUGCAGAAUGUCAUGGCCCCUCAUCCCCACCAAAUCAUCAGGGCUCCUUGACUCCUCAACCUGCCCUGUGUCAGGUUUUGGAUCUGCCUCUGCUGUGCCAACUUCUUUGAACACCACUCCAUCAAACUCAUGGAGUAAUGUGUACGUGCCACUUUCUGCUCCUCCAUUUGCUUUCCCUGUUGAAGAUAAAUCUGCCGAAAUGGCCUUGCGUUCCGAGGAUGCCCAGUUAAAUUCUGGAGCAGGUCUCACUCAUGUCCCUGGCAAUGAAGCUCCCGGUUCUCAGCAAGGGAUGAUGAACAUGUCUCCUCAACCUUUGCAUUCCCUUGGCGGAGUCUUGGAUUCCAGAUUUGCGUUUGGAAAUUUUUUUAAUAUGUCUGGUAUGAACUUCAAUCCUGACAGCCAAGUUAGUAGUGAGAAGGACAAUCAGUCAUUCCCAGAUGGCGCGUCUAUCAAAGACAAGAGGAAUCAACAGCCCUUCGAUGUUGCUGGCUCAGAUCCAUCUGCGCUUCCUCAUAUGGGUAUGCCUACAAUGUGGAACCAGCAUCCCCAAUUUGUCAACCCUCAAUUUCUUUCUGGUAGAGGUCAGAAUGUUGACGCUCGUAUGAUGCCUAGCCCUAUCGGGCAGUUCGAAGGCGGCCAGCCCAACUUCGUAAAUGCCAACGCCCCAAAUCGUUUUAAAGACACUGGCUACUCGAACUAUCCCAACAACUCUCUCGGAUCAGUUAACCCUGGAAACAACCAACAAAGGAAUCAUGGCGGAAACCACGGAAAUUCGGGAAAUUAUUCAAACCGUCGGAACUACAAUAUGAGCUCUGGUGUCAACGUUCACCGAAAGAUGCACAAUUCCAACAGAAGAAAGGGCGACGAUGCGUCGAAGUAUGCAAAUGCUAAGUUGGAGGACUUUACGGGCGACAUUUACUCAUUGUGUAAGGACCAGCAUGGCUGUCGCUUCUUACAAAGGCAGUUGGAUUUGGGAAAGGAGGCCGCCCAGAAAAAUACUAAGGGCGGUGCUUUGAUGACUAAUGAUGUUGCUGCAACUGUUAUUUUUAAUGAGAUCUAUUUAAAGGUUGUUGAAUUAAUGACCGAUCCUUUUGGGAAUUAUUUGAUUCAAAAGCUUGCUGAAAAUGUGUCUCCCGACCAAAGGCUCAUUCUAGUGAAGAAUGCCGCGCCUGAAUUUGUGAGAAUUGCUUUGGACCCCACGGAACGAGGGCUUUGCAGAAGCUCGUUGAAUGCAUCUCAACUCCGGAGGAGAUUCAACAUAGACUUGAACGGAAACCAUGUCGUGCAAAAGUGCUUGCAGAAGUUAAGUCCCGACCAUAAUCUGUUUAUUUUUGACACAACAUCAGCCCACUGUACCGACAUUGCAACCCACAGACAUGGCUGUUGUGUGUUGCAGAGAUGCUUGGAUCACGGAAAUGACGACCAGCGCAAACAGUUGUCUCUAAAGGUUGCCGAGAAUGCGACCAGAUUGGCUUCUGAUCCGUUUGGAAAUUACGUCGUACAAUAUGUACUUUCAAGAGGCGAUGCAGAAUCGAUCGAGAUCAUUUUGGACCACAUCAAAUCCAACAUUAUCGCUUUGUCGCUCCAUAAAUUUGGUUCUAAUGUGAUUGAAAAAUCUUUGAGGAUCGAUGCUUUGACUGAUCGCGUUAUGGAGGUCCUAUUGAAUAAAAGCGACAAGUUUCCCCUGUUGUUGAAUGAUCCCUAUGGCAACUACAUCAAGAAAAGGAAGUACUCGAGAAAAGGAUGCAACGAAUGCAAGAGACGAAAAAUCAAAUGCGAUGAAGCUGCUCCAGCUUGUAAUAAUUGCACCAGGCUCAAUAAGACUUGUAUCUAUGAGAGCAAGACGAAGACUCAGCAAGAUCCCUUGGUGGCUAAGUUCGCUCAGGCUAACGAGGCACCCGUGAAGGAGAAGAACUUGAACUUGAAGUUCUACAAGCCAAAGACUCCAAAAUCCACCAGGAAAGAAGAAGCCAAAGUCGAGACUCCAAAGAAACCAUCACAGAGUUUCCUUGACAAUUCGGACGACAACAGCAACACUCCCUCGAGCAUGGUGUCGAGUAACGAAACAAAUUACGAGAUGCAGACUGUUUUCAACGAAGCGAGCUUGCUUGUUAAUGACAUGAACCAUAUGAUAGAGGAUAAUUAUGAUGUGCAUCAUCGAAACGAGAGAAACGCUUCUAGAAGGACCCAUGCCAGCCCUUCCAUGUCGUCUGAAGACCGUACACAGUUCAGUAUUGAAGACUUUGUUGAUUUAAAUGACCAAAUGGAAGGAAGUCCCCACCUUCCGUGGAAUAAAGCUGCGGAGAUUUGGGAAAUCCUGAACUCUCAGCUUAUAGAGGAAUGUGUAACAGCGAACAACUUGGGGGAACCCCAUUCAGGAUAUUUACGAACAUUGACUUCCACCGAGCUUUCGUACCACAUGUACCCGCUCGCAUCCCUGAUCGAAACUAAUGAAGUUGUGAAGCUUUUACUCAUGUACCUGAGCGAAUGCCCACAUCUUUUGUUUUCACUUUUGGCAAUCUCAGCCACUUUUCAAUUCAACCAAACGGGCAAAUCAAGCCAUGAUAUCGCUCGUCAAAAGUACAUCGGCGUGUGUCUUCGCAAAUUAAGCGAUGACUUCUCGGAGAAACCAGCUUCAAAACUGUCGCAAUCCUUCCAUGUCGAGAAGCUUUUGAUGACUGUGUUGGUGUUGACCACUUACUUCAGUGCAACAACCUCACUGUUGAACGAUACAGUGCUCAACUCAUGGAAGGUCCAUCUUAGAGGAGCUCGUGACCUUUUAAUUAAUUACAGCAGAAUCACCAAAUCUUCUGAUUGUGUUUCGCUUGGGCUUGCCCUAGCAAAAUCGUGGUUCUUCGCCUUAGAGUCUGUGGCCGCUGUUUUUUCUUCUGUUGGCGGUGCUACAGCAAAGUCUUACGAUACUCCCACACUAGACAAUGACGAUUUGUUCGGCUCGUUCCCGAACUUACCACUAGACACUAAUACAGUUUUUGUUGAGAGUGGCUUUUUUGAAUUCCAUGAAAACAGAAACUACCAUGAAUCACUAACAAGACUCGCGAUGGUGGUCACCAGUCCCACCCUGUCUGACUUUAAUAUAUUCUGGGGAUACACAGCCACCUGUGUCAAGGCAAUUGUCUGCUACACUAGGGUAAAAAAUGCUAUGGAGAUCAAGAACUUGGAACGGGCGCCGAUAAGGUGGAUUGCUCAAAUUGUCUCGCUUCUUGGCCAAACUGGCAGAGAAGAAGUGGUGCCUGGAGUACUGCCUCGAAAUUACCUAAUUCCCAAGACUUGUAAAGGACAUCCAGAUUUUGAGCCCCAGACACAGCGGUACAAUUUCCCACCCGCUUGUUACGCUGUGGAUACAGAUGAAGAUGGCAACAAGACCUACUACUCAUGGUUCGAUGCCUCGAACCAGUUCCAUGUUGAUUUCUUGCAUCUUCUGCUACUAGUACUGCCGGAGUUCUACGCCCUUCCCCGAACACACUUCCAUGUACAAGAGAUGGUUCAGCGAAUAUUCACAGGUGCUUUUUUUAUGAAAGAGAAGCUGUCGCCGCUAUAUGAUAGAGACAAGCCCGAUGUGAUAGUUGAGAGCGACAAUUUUUAUGUGUCGCUGUCGACGUUUGACAAUAGGUGCAUAAUGAUCCAGUCGGCGUUCCGGCUAUGUGCAAGCGUUGUUGUCGAGGAGGAGUAUUUUGAAAAGAUCGAAUUGUUCUUCAUGGGUCUUGUGAAGUUAGGUAAUGGAUCCUCGCUAAAUGCUUUGGACCAGGUGACAAGGAUAAAAGAGAUCAGGAGAGAGAGAAGGAAGGAGAACCCAGAUCUCAUUGACGAAGAGGUGAUUGAAUUUGAAGAAGGAAAAGCUUCGAUUCCGUUUGCUUAG